GCCCCGUGGUCGGUCAGGACGGGCGAGAGUAAGCGUGAAUGAGAGGAGGAAAGGGAACUUGAAGUCGUGAGGUCGCUGCUACACUUUGCUAUGCUUCCCACUCAGCCCAUUAGUUGUUAUUUUACCUAUGCACUAGAAUCUGGUGACCAGAGCAUAACUCUGGAUGGCUGGAGUCAUAUCUGGCACUGAUUUUUGUGUUUCUGGGCUUCAGGGUCCUCUUCCUUAAUAUGCAGAUAAACAGUAUCCACCUCCAACAUUCAUUCAAAUACAAUAUUUAUCAACUGCCUCCUGUGCUAAUUAUGCACUGUUCUAAGUCCUGGAGAGGCAGUUGGGGAAGACAUUUACAGUCCUUGUCCUCGAAGGAGUUGGUGGGGGCAGAUGGACGAACAGAAAAGUUUCAGAUUGUGAUGAGGUCUGUGAAAGAGGUAGAGAGCGACUACCCGGCAAGAGUAUACUCUCUUUUAGGAGAUGAUGUUUGAGUUGAAAGCUGUAGGGUGCAGAAGAAUAAGCAAUGUGAAAAGUAGUUCCAGGUAUAGGAAAGAGUAAGUGAAAAGGCCUUGUGGUAAGAAAGAACUGAGUAUUCUAGGAACAGAAAGGGCCCAUUGUGACUGAAGGCAGUAAGGGAUGAGGUAGACAGGGCAGGUCCCUCAGGUUUAGACCAGUGCAUGACACAUGGAUGCAAAACCAAGACUGAAAGCAUGGAAACAACCACCAGAUGUAUACACCAUUCCACAGAUUUUGAAGUACACCGAAACUGGCUUGCUAUCACCCACAGUUUGCCAAUAUCACAGUGGUAUUAUGAGGCAACUUCAGAGUGGACCUUGGAUUACCCCCCCUUUUUCGCAUGGUUUGAGUAUGCCCUGUCACAUGUUGCCAAAUAUUUUGAUCAAGAGAUGCUGAAUGUCCGUAAUCUGAAUUACUCCAGCUCAAGGACCUUACUCUUCCAGAGAUUUUCCGUCAUCUUCACAGAUGCACUCUUUGUGUAUGCUGUCCAUGAGUGCUGUAAAUGCAUUGAUGGGAAAAAAGCAGGCAAAGAACUUACAGAGAAGCCGAAGUUUAUUCUGUCAGUACUACUGCUGUGGAACUUCGGGUUGUUAAUUGUAGACCAUAUUCAUUUCCAGUACAAUGGUUUUUUAUCUGGAUUAAUGCUGCUCUCCAUUGCACGCUUCUUUCAGAAAAGGCACAUGGAAGGAGCAUUUCUCUUUGCUGUUCUCCUACAUUUCAAGCACAUCUACCUCUAUGUAGCACCAGCUUACGGUGUAUAUUUGCUGCGAUCUUACUGUUUCACUGCAAAUAAACCAGAUGGAUCCAUCCGAUGGAACAGCUUCAGCUUUGUCCGCCUUAUUUCCCUGGGAUUGAUUGUCUUCCUAGUUUCUGCUGUUUCACUGGGUCCUUUUCUAGCCUUGAACCAACUGCCUCAAGUCUUUUCCCGACUCUUCCCCUUCAAGAGGGGCCUCUGCCACGCAUAUUGGGCUCCAAACUUCUGGGCUUUGUACAGUGCUUUGGAUAAAGUGCUGUCUGUCAUCGGUUUAGAACUGAAACUUCUUGACCCCAACAAGAUUCCCAAGGCCUCAAUGACAAGUGGUUUAGUUCAGCAGUUCCAACACACAGUCCUUCCCUCAGUGACGCCCUUGGCCACCUUUAUCUGCACUCUGAUUGCCAUGUUGCCCUCUAUUUUCUGUCUUUGGUUUAAACCUCAAGGGCCCAGAGGCUUUCUCCGAUGUCUAAUUCUUUGUGCCUUGAGCUCCUUCAUGUUCGGUUGGCAUGUCCAUGAAAAAGCCAUUCUCCUCGCAGUUCUCCCAAUGAGCCUCUUAUCAGUGGGAAAAGCAGUAGAUGCUUCGAUUUUUCUGAUUCUGACCACAACAGGACAUUAUUCCCUCUUCCCUCUGCUCUUCACUGCACCAGAACUUCCCAUUAAAAUCUUACUCAUGUUACUGUUUACCAUCUAUAGUAUUUCCUCACUGAAGACUCUGUUCAGAAAAGAAAAACCUCUUUUUAAUUGGAUGGAAACUUUCUACCUCCUUGGCCUGGGACCUCUGGAAGUCUUCUGUGAAUUUGUAUUCCCUUUCACCUCCUGGAACCUGAAGUACCCAUUUAUCCCUUUGUUACUGACCUCAGUGUAUUGUGCAGUGGGCAUCACAUAUGCUUGGUUCAAACUGUACGUUUCAGUAUUGACUGACCCUCCUGUCGGCAAGACAAAGAAGCACUGAGUAAAGGAACUGCUUGGAUGUAUUCCAAGCAAUUAUUUCAUGGGAAAUUAAUGAGAACUUAAAGAAAGUUGCUGGUAGCAUGAACCAUUCAUUUCAGUAAAUCUGUGGGAGGACCAUUCUUGUAAACUUGGCCUUGUCCAGCCUAGCAACCUGAUUGUCACCGUGGUGAGAAGCCACUUGUCCUCCAUAAGCAGUGAAAUACAUCUGAAACAAAUCUCGCCUUCCCCUUUUAAAAUUGUCAUUGAGAUUGCUGUGCUUACUCUAGGCAAGAAGGGAGUCUGAUCAACAGCAUGAUUAUCUGUAGCCUAUGAUAACCAUCGUCAGGCUAUAAAGCAUAAUUAAGAUCAUGUGCUAAGGAAAGUAUAAAUAAAAUACCAUUUUGUAUUUCUGCACAAAAAA